AUCCCUUGGGGAGCUGGCUCCAUCCUCCUCCUGACCUUCUGGAGCUUCUGGCCAAGGCAGAAGGGAAGAGCAGGACAGGACGGAAGCAAGCUCUGGAAAGUGGGAAGAGGAGGGCGUGUGUGGAGACCCAAGGCGGGAUCCAAGCUUUGGAACGCUGGAGGUUUCCGGCCACAGAGGCAGGGCCUCCGGGGAGCCAAGAGAGGCGGGGAGAGACACACACAGAGGAGCAGACACCAACGGACCGAGACAAGAGUUGGGAGGAGAGGGACCAAAGAGAAGCUGGGAGAGGCGCGGACCAGGGGGCUGGUGAUCAGCACACACUCCGGGUCCCCAGAAACAUCCUUCUCCUCCGAGACACACCCUUCUGCAGCCUUGGGUGCUCCGAGCCCAGCCUGAUGCGGGCCGCCUGGCUCCUCGGCGCGCUGGUGGUACCCCAGCUACUGGGCUUCAGUCAUGGGGCUCGGGGAGCUGAGAGGGAGUGGGAGGGGGGCUGGGGUGGCGCCCAGGAGGAGGAGCGGGAGAGGGAGGCCCUGAUGCUGAAGCAUUUACAGGAAGCGCUGGGGCUGCCUGCUAGGAGGGGAGAUCAAAAUCCCGAGGGAAACUCUGAAGGCAGGGGGGCCUGGGCAACCGAGGAGGACGGGCAGGGGGAGGAAGGCGAGGAGGAACCCACACUGACCCCCCACGUCAGCCCCAGUCCCUCUCCCACCCCGGAGGACGCCAUCACUUAUAUCCUGGGUCGCCUGGCCGGCCUGGACGCAGGCUUGCACCAGGUGCACGUCCGUCUGCACGCGCUGGACACCCGCGUGGCCGAGCUUACUCGGGGGCUGCGGCAGCUGAGGGAAGUGGCGGGCGACACCCGCGACGCCGUGCAAGCCCUGCAGGAGGCGCAGAGCCGCGCCGAACGCGAGCAUGGCCGCUUAGAGGGCUGCCUGAAGGGGGCGCGUCUUGGCCACAAGUGCUUCCUGCUCUCGCGCGACUUCGAGGCUCAGGCUGCGGCGCAGGCGCGGUGUGUGGCGCGGGGCGGGAGCCUGGCUCAGCCCGCUGACAGUCGGCAGAUGGAGACGCUCACCCGCUACCUGCGCGCGGCGCUCGCCCCCUACAACUGGCCGGUGUGGCUGGGUGUGCACGACCGGCGAGCCGAGGGCCUCUACCUCUUCGAGAACGGCCAGCGCGUAUCCUUCUUCGCCUGGCACCGCGCCCCCAGCCCUGAGCCCGGCGCCCGGCCCAGCGCCGCGCCGCACCCGCUCAGCCCCAACCAGCCCAAUGGCGGCGUGCUCGAGAACUGCGUGGCUCAGGCCUCGGACGAUGGCUCCUGGUGGGACCACGACUGCGAUCGGCGCCUCUACUACGUCUGCGAGUUCCCCUAUUAGCGGGGCCGGCUCCCCGCCUCUCCACUGCGCCCCACCACCCGCCCUGUGCCUGGGUUGUGCUCCCCGCAAAGACACCGUUCCUUCCUUCCUUGCCCGCGGAUGGAAAUGUGUUUUCCCUGGCUGGCCGAUCCUUGGGGGACUCCUGCGGGGCCGGGACCCCUUCCUUGCCAGUCUUUCCUGGAAGCGGGCACAAGGCUAGGUUCCGCGCCAAUAAAGCGCUGAGGAAUCUCACUUGAACAGGCA